AUGAAUUUGGUUAAACAAUUAUGGCGAGUUUCGCCUACAGUUCGGAGUGCAUUUAUAACCAACGUUUACCCUGUAAGGCAACUUUCUGCUGUAACAAUAAAUCCUUUGAAGCCGAUUCAACCUCUGCCACCUUCAAAUACUGAGGAGUUGGACAAAUUGUAUAAAAGAGUAGAACUAGAAAUGAGAGGGAUAGACCCUGCUGUGUUAUUGAGUUAUUCUUGGUUCUGUAUUGCUGCUGCUUCACAUUUAGGCAUUGAAGUAACAAAAAGUUGGACUUUAAGAAAAGCUGAGAAAGAAAGACACACAUUGCUUCGGUGUGUGCAUAUCUACAAGAAGCACAGAGUCCAGUAUGAAAUCAGAACUUACUUCAGAUUCAUUCACAUCCAAAGAUUAACAGGAUCUACCUGUGACACGUAUUUGGAAUACAUUGAAAGGAAUUUGCCUGAAGGCUGUGCGCUUAAAGUCACCAAAAUAGAAUGUCAACCACUGCCAGACCACAUAACACCACCAAAAGAGGAACAAUAA